CAUAAAAUCGGUAACGAGCGUGCGAACCGAGUUAAUAGAUAAAUCGGUGCUACGUCGCGCGGACGCCCCGAAGACGGCGCAUUAAUAAACACUAUAACUAUACUUUUCUUUUUAUUAUUGCUAUAGUAUAUCGAUUACGAAGACCCAUAGAUGAGCGGGAAUAAGGGAGCGAGCGAUUUUUAACGAUUUUCACUCGACGAUUUGCUGCAGGUCGCGAAUCCGAAAAAUUGAAAAAUGAUCGGUAAGCUGUGCGUCGUGGGUGUGCUUUUGUUUUACUUGAGUGGGUGCGAAGGGCAAUUCUUCUCGCAUGACUGGAAUUCGACCGAUUGUUUGACGAUCGGCAAGAAAAAGGUGGUGCCUGGCGACGACUUUUGGUUCGAUAAAGUACCCGUACCGCCGAUCGUCGUCGCCACUUCGAACUCGCUUCCCGAGGGUGCUUGCAAACGACAGCUAAAAAGGUAUAUCGAAGAACUGGGAAAUGGCACCUUUUGGGCAACUCAGAUGUUUGACUCAUCGGCAAAGUACCCGUACGGUAUAAUAGACGGUCAAACGAGGCACCUGGGCAGCUUCGACCAGUGCUACAGAAUCGAGGCUCGCUUACCAAGCGAAAACAGCAACAGCAGCUUCGUGGAGUUGAGGAGCCGGUACUGUCUCGUCGAUUUCAAGUACGAGCGAAAGGACAAUUACCUGAGCUUUUACGAAAAGCUCGACCACGACUUCGAUCCCAAUGGCUCGGCUUGGGAGGCCGUCAAGGAGAAGGGCGAUUACCGGCGCAUCAGACGCUACAUGCUGCAAAUGGCACUUUGCGUGCCGGCAGCUUGCACUCCCGAAGACAUAAGGCUCGCCUUGCAGGAACCGUACGACGACUUUGGCGAGAGUAAUGGGGUUGCGAUAAAGGUCGGCGUCGACCAGGAAAAUUGCCAGACCAUGGUCGAGGAGCCGGAGUUCUCCACCGGCGCGUACGUGUACUGUGGAAUAGUGCUGGGAAUAUUAGUACUAGUGAUAAUAAGUAGCCUUUACGACGGCACUAUCAUUACGGAGGAAGAUAAGCGGUGCACGUCCAAGUCAACGCAAAUGCUGCUUUGUUUCUCGGUGAAGCGGAAUUUGCGCACGAUUUUUCAAACUAGCUACCAACACAGGGGCCUCGAUACCAUUCACAUGAUCCGGUUCUUUUCCAUGUGUCUCGUGCUCGUCGGCCACCGCAUGAUGCAGUACUACGCCAAUCCUACAGUCAAUAUGCGCUAUCACGAGCUUACUUUUGACAUACCUUCGUUCGUAAUGGUUCACAACGGGCCAAUCAUAGUCGACGGAUUUUUCGGGAUUGGCGGACUCUUGACGUGUUACGUUAUUUUGGAUCAAUUCCAAAAAUCGAAGAACAUAAAUUUUUUCGGUCUUACUUUCAUUCGCUUUCUGAGGUUCACACCAGCUUAUGCUCUCGUAAUUUUUUUCUAUUCGUACGUCUUUCAACACAUCGGCUCUGGACCGCAGUGGCAAACCUUCAUAACUUCUGCAUCGAAAAACUGCGCUGCGACUUGGUGGGCUAAUCUGUUCUAUCUGAACAAUUACAUGACAAUGGACAAAUUGUGCAUGUUUCAGUCUUGGUACUUGGCAGUGGACUUUCAUCUGUAUCUUUUGACGAUCGUUCUUCUCUGCGUGUUUUGCAAGUGUCCCAGAAAAAUCGGUUACUCCAUCCUCGGAGGAGUGACCGUCCUCAGCAUCUUGAUACCUUUCUACAUUACUUACGCCUAUCACGUGCAACCCCUCUUCAUUGGCUUCUCUUAUAUGUAUAGCGUAACGAAAGACGAAUACUUUAUCAACCACUACGUAAAAACACACAUGCGGAUGACAUCUUACCUGGUAGGAGUGAUCUGCGGUGCCAUUCUCUACGACUACAAGGAUGCCUCGUGGCGUAUCUCAAAGAGAUGGUCGCACUGCCUGUUCAUACUAUUCGCAGUUGUUAUGAGCGUCAAAUCCCAAUCAUUGGGCCACCACUAUUAUAAUCCAAAUUCCAAGCCAUCCUUGCUCGAGGUGGCGUUGUACGCGUGUCUUCAUCGCGGCUUUUUUGCUCUCAGCUUCUGCUCCAUUGUCUUGCUCAUCACCAUGGGUGAUGGUUUAGACUUCCACUACAAUUUUUUAACGCCACGUUGGGUACAGCCACUGGGACGGCUUACUUACAGCGUCUUCCUGUGCCACAAUAUCAUUCAAAUGUAUCAAAUAGGAACCAUGAGGAGUCCGAGGACUUACAGUAUUCAUAAUAUUUUUUGGGACUUUGUGUCGGAUGUCGUGUAUUCGUUUUCACUGGCUUUGCUCAUAGCCAUAGGCAUCGAAGGUCCGUUCAGGAAAUUGGAGAAGCAUUUUAUUACGCAAAGGUCGAGUAAAUUGCCAAAGAAAGCGCGUGCAAGUUUUGAAGAGGAGAUAAUUCAAAAUUUCGAAACGAGAAAGAUAGACUAGAUUAUUUUACAAUACUUACGAAUAAAUGCGUUUUUGGAUUCUGUGUUUUUUUAAUUUUUUUAGUUUUUAGAUUUUGUAUAUACGUGAUAAUUCGGGGUUGUAUCACGAAAACUUUGCUAUUUCAUGAUCUAGAUAUUCAAAGAGUUUAUGUUUUGAGGCAGAAUAUUGAGAAUUCCAAUUCUAAAUAGCGCGUUUUUCGUAGUAUGACCCAUCUAAGCUUUUAUGCCUUGCAAAAUUUGCAUAAAAACAUAAGUUGUACAUAAAAGCAAAUGUAUAAAAUGAAAAUUUUGUUUAAAUUAAUUUUACCAGUUGUUUGAAUUGAUUUGAUUAAUAAAAGCACUUAAAAUUAA